UUCUGUUUUUGUUUCUUCCCCUUUUUUGCGUGUUUGUCAUGAAGAUCAUGAGACUCUGGCUGGAUGUUCCUGCACAUUCAAAUCACGGCCUCUAUCCUGCUGUUGCGAAGGUAUGAGUUCCUUUCACCUCAAGGUGCUGCUUUUCAUAAAUCUGAACAGCCUCGUGUCAGGGCUGCAGUUUGCAACCUCCUCUUUCUCUCAGGUGCCUUUCCUCACUGUGUGGAACGCCCCCACUGCCAGCUGUCUGUCUCAGUAUGGCGUGGACCUGGACUUGGGCACGUUCAGCAUUGUCCAGAACCAGAACCAAACUUUUAUGGGAGAAAACAUAACCAUUUUUUACGCUGAAAAGCUUGGUCUCUAUCCCAGAUACUCUGGCCAAACAGCCAUCAAUGGUGGUGUCCCACAAAAUGCCAGUCUGGAAGAACACCUCAGAGCAGCUUCUGAUGACAUCCGCAACUUCAUCCCUGACAGGGAUUUCCAGGGCCUGGGAGUGGUGGACUGGGAGAGCUGGCGGCCUGUAUGGGAGAGAAACUGGGAUAGUAAGCAGGUGUACUGGGAGGGAUCUAGAACACUAGUGAGGGCUAAGCAUCCUGACUGGAGCCCUGCACAGGUAGAGGCUGCAGCUCGGGUGGAGUUUGAGAAAGCUGGGAGGAAAUUUAUGGAGGAAACACUGAAACUGGGGCAGGAGGAGAGACCGAAUGGGCUGUGGGGUUUUUAUGGUUUCCCCAACUGCUACAACUACUACAGUGAGAAAAGCUCAAACUACACUGGGGAGUGUCCUGCUGUGGAGUUAAAGAGAAACGACAUGCUGCUGUGGUUGUGGAAUGUCUCCUCCGCUCUUUAUCCCGACAUCUACCUCAGCCUGGAGCUGAGAGGGCUCGGCAGAGAAGUGCUGCUGUACACCCACCACCGCAUCCUGGAGGCCAUGAGAGCUGGAGCUCAGGCUGCUCCGUCAACACCUCCUGUGUUCCCAUACGCUCGGGUCGUCUACACAUACACCUUAGAUUUCCUCUCUCAGGAGCACCUGGUGUACACCAUUGGAGAGAGUGCAGCUCUAGGAUCUGCUGGGGUGGUGCUUUGGGGUGAUCAUGACUUUGGCAAAUCAAAGGCCACCUGUGAAGCCAUCAAAUCCUACAUUGAUGACACCCUAGGUCUGUACUUGGUGAAUGUAACAGCAGCAGCCGUUCUCUGCAGUCAGACCCUGUGCUCCUCUCAGGGAAGAUGCCAGAGAAAGGAGAUGAACUCAGGGGCCUACCUCCACCUCGAUCCUGCCAUGUGGAAAGUGGUGUCAGAGAAGAGACUGGAGGGGGGGCAGAACUACAGAGUGUACGGACAGGCGAGAGCACAAAGGUUGACAUCCAUGAAGUCUGAGUUCCAGUGUGUGUGUUACCAGGGCUGGGGCGGAAAGAGCUGCUCGAAACCUGCUCAGGUUUAAAUGACUUUUCUAAAUGGAGGUAAUCGAGUGAAAGUAUUGUUCUAAUUAACAGUAGUAAAGUCUGUUAGAAGUGUUAAAAGGACUCCAUACAGAGGUGGGCUGGGACUGUUUGGCUCAGAGGUAGUUAUCUGCAUCAGUGCAUGAGGUCUCCUGUGAAUGGAAAUGAACAAAUCUUUGACCGAUGUGUUUACCUAAUUAAUUACUUUUAUAGUUUCCCUUAAUUUAUAUGGGAGAUAAUAUUCAUUUUAAACCCCCACCUUAACCCCCCCCCUUAUUUUUUCUAAACAAUCAUUCACAUUCCAAUUAUGUCUAAUAAUAAAUUUGUCUUUCAAAUGAG